AUGGCUUCCACUCGCUCAUCUUCUGGCCUGCGGGCUGUGUCUCUCUUUUGCCUUAUUGCCGCUUCUCAGGCCGUCCCUCACGGCAAUGUCUUCAAACGCCAGGGCACUUCGUCAACCCGCAAUGGAUGCUUCGUCAGCAACGUCAAUGGCCAACGUCUUCUGUCCGCCUCUACCUACGCCAGUGAUGCCAUGACCGUCGAGAGCUGUGCGUCCUUCUGCUUUAGGCACAAGUACUUUGCCCUCGAAUUUGGCCGUGAGUGCUACUGCGGAAACUCCUACACUGCCCAGCCCGUCAGUGAUACCCAGUGCUCUAUGCAGUGCGCUGGCAACCCAGCACAGAAUUGUGGCGCCGGUAACCGUGUCGACCUCUACACCAACGGACUCUACGUUCCCCGAGCCCCCGCCACCCUGAGCACACCUUACCUCGGUUGCUUUGUUGACGAGGGACCCCGUGUGCUCCCUAACAACCUCCUGGGCGCGAGUGAUAUGACAGCUGAGAAGUGUGCUGCCCACUGUUCCAACUAUUCUUACUUUGGUCUCGAGUAUGGCAGAGAGUGCUGGUGUGGAAACUCCAAGCCAAAGAACCCUGCCCUUGAAAUAGAUUGCUCAUUCCCUUGCUCCGGAGACGACUCUCAGCUCUGCGGUGCCGGCGGCCGGAUCAAUGUCUGGGGAUCCCCUCUUCCUUCCCCUGAAAAUGUUGGCGACUUCGAAUACGCUGGCUGCUUCACCGAUGCCGUUGGUCAGCGUUCGCUCAGAGGCAAGACCACCUACGACUCACAGAUGACCUUGGAGAAGUGCGCGGCCUCCUGCUCCGGAUACGAUUACUUUGGCGUCUCAUUUGCGGAAGAAUGCUACUGCGGUGACACACUGGAGCCAACAGCCGAGGAGGUUCCCCAGGCCGAGUGCGCGAUGCGUUGCGCCGGCAACUACAACCAGGUCUGCGGCGACGCCAACAGGUUGAACGUCUACUCUAACGCCCAGUGUCUCCCGGAUCCGGAAAGCCCGCUCAGCGUCACCGGCUUCAACUACCAGGCCUGCUGGACCGAUCAGGUUGGCGACCGCUCCCUUCGCGAUGUCGUGGAGCGUAGCGACAACAUGACAGUCGAGACAUGCGCCGCCAUUUGCAAGGACUUCAACUUCUUUGGUGUCGAGUUCGGCAGGGAAUGCUUCUGUGGCAACACCCUCUACGGAGAGGUGGCACCUGCUAGCGAUUGCACUUUCCGGUGCGCCGGUGACUCGACACAGCUCUGCGGUGCUGUUGACCGGUUGAACCUGUACUAUGCCACUGUUCCCCCAACCACGACAUCGGCUGUUGCCACACCUACUCCUACACCUACCCUCCCUGCUGAGGAAGAGGACGAUGGGGAGCCCACUGCUACCACUGAGACCCCAACUCCCACUUCCACUCUCCCCGGCGGUGACGAGGAGGAUGAGGAGCCCACACCUGUGUCCACUGCCGUGGAUGCUGAGCCCACUGACACCGACGUGGAGGAUGAGCCUCCCGUUGAGACUGACGUGGAAGACGAAGAGGACGAUGAGGCUCUUCCCACUCCUACUCCCAACUAA